GUCGAUCCUGAAGUUCGGGUCGAAGCUAGCGAAGUUCUCAUUCGUGAGGAUUAGCGUGGAAGGGAACUUCGUGGUCAUCGCCUUCCUUAGCAGAGACUCGUUCGCGGACUCCCGCCAACGUAGCGAGCAGUUCCAGGGCCGCGAUGAGAUGAAGCCUCCGAUCCAGGCGCGCCCGGCUUCGGCUUUAGCGUCCGUGAAGAAGCUCAGGGGGGCCAAAGCCCCGACACUGUGCUCGGUCCACAUCUCGACCAGCUCUGGUGGGAUCAAGCUUU